AUGAGAGUUUGAAGAAAGAGAAAUGCUGUUGUGCUGUUUGAAUUGAAUGUAAAUAAUGGAUAUAAAAAUAUUUUAGUACUAACUUUUUAUAUUUGAAAAAUAUGCGAUUUCAAAUUUCGCGAGUAUGAUGGCUUCUACAAAUGAAUUCGGUCCAGAUUCUGGCGGCAGAGUAAAGGGGGUUACCAUUGUUAAACCUAUAGUUUAUGGCAAUGUGGCACGUUACUUUGACAAAAAAAGGGAGGAGGAUGGUCAUACACAUCAGUGGACUGUGUAUGUCAAGCCAUAUCAUAACGAGGAUAUGUCUACUUAUGUGAAAAAGGUGCAUUUUAAAUUGCAUGAGAGUUACAAUAAUCCUAAUCGAAUUGUGACCAAGUCACCAUAUGAAUUAACAGAAACUGGCUGGGGAGAAUUCGAAAUAGUCAUUAAAAUCUACUUUCACGAUCCAAAUGAACGUCCCGUAACGAUAUAUCAUGUAUUGAAAUUGUUUCAAUCAACAUCUGAAACACAGUUGAGAAAAGAAAGCUUAGUUUCUGAAUUUUAUGAGGAAAUAGUCUUUCAAGACCCAACGGCAUUAAUGCAACAUUUGUUAAAUUCCAGUAGACCUAUGACUCUUGGGGUUUGGCGGCAUAAUACAGACUUUGAAGCAAAAAAAGAGUCUACAAUGAAAGAUAUUCUGGAGGCACGCAACAAGAUAAGACUAGAAGUGAUAGAUCUCAAAGAAAAAUUGACAUUGGCAAAAGAAACUAUUGCAAAAUUUAAGGAAGAGAUUGCAAAGAUUUCUAAAGCUGGUGGAAGUUUAUCCAUUGCGUAGUAAUAUUGUUU